AUGACUUCAAGCAAGUCAGGCAUCAAAGUCAUCAUUGUCGGUGCUGGAUUUGGUGGCUUAACGGCCGCAAUCGAAUGCCAUCGCUCAGGGCAUGAUGUUGAGAUCUACGAGUCCUUCCCUGAACUCAAAGUUCUUGGGGAUAUCAUUUCAUUUGGCGGGAACGCAGGCAGGAUCUUCCACCGCUGGUCAGAUGGAGAGAUAGUAGCCAGACUACGCCCGCUGUGUAUCGACCUACAAGAUUAUGGGUUUAGAAUCCAUAAAUGGGACACCGGUGAAGUUGUCUAUCAUCAAAAACGGCCUCCUCCCAACCCUGAGGCCCCGAUUUUGAAUGGCCAUCGUGGCGAGCUGCAUGAGGUUAUCUUCAGCUAUGCACGCGAUGAGCUCGGAAUACCUAUUCAUCUUGGCCAACGUGUCUUGGAGUAUUUUGAGAACGAUACUGGCGCAGGAAUUAUACUGAAGAAUGGAGAGAAGAUUACUGGCGACGUUGUGAUUGGAGCCGAUGGUGUAAGAUCAAAAGCAAGAGAGCUUGUUCUAGGCUACGUUGACAAGCCCAAAAGUAGCGGGUAUGCUGUUUGGAGAGCAUGGUUUUCAAAUAAAGACAUGAUUGCAGAUCCUCGUACCAAAGAAUUCUGCGAGAAUGGUGAUACCUUCAAUGGUUGGAUCGGACAAGACGUCCAUUUCUUAUUCUCAACUUUGAAAGGCGGCAAAGACUGCUGCUGGGUACUAACCCACAGAGACGACCAUGAUAUCGACGAGUCGUGGUCUUUCCCUGGUAAGAUUGAAGAGGUACUGGAUGUUCUCAAAAACUGGGACCCAACUUGCCGCGCAAUUGUCGAAAAGACGCCCUCGGUCGUCGAUUGGAAGCUAGUUUACCGUGAUCCCUUGCCCACCUGGGUGAGCAAAGAAGGCCGUAUCUUACUCCUCGGCGAUGCCGCUCAUCCUUUCUUGCCGACGAGCGCCCAAGGCGCAACACAGGCUAUGGAAGAUGGUGUGACUAUUGCUGUUUGCCUGAAGCGAGCUGGCAAGAACAACAUACCUGGGGCUCUGAGAGCCCAUCAACACCUGAGAUACAACCGCGUCAGGGCGGUACAAAAGACAGGGGAGUCUACUCGAGAUCUUUGGCAUAACACGGACUGGGACAAGGUCAAGGAAGAUCCUAGCAGUAUUGCGUUCCCGAGAGAGGAUUGGGUUCAUCAGUUUGACGCCGAGAAAUAUGCCGAAGAGCAAUUUGAUGGCAUAUUUGGUGAAGCUAAUACUCGCGAUGAGAUCAAUGAGGGUGUAUUAGACCAUGAAACUCCUGCUGUGACUAGAGUAGCUACAUGA